AGAAAAAGACGCGAAAACAAACCAAGACGUCAGCGAACAACAUUUAGUAGCGACCAAACGUUAAAACUAGAAAUGGAAUACCGAAGAGCAGAGUAUGUGACUAGAACCAGACGUCUUGAACUUGCAGACGAUCUCAAUUUAACAGAAACACAGAUUAAGAUAUGGUAUCAAAACAGACGUGCUAAAGACAAACGAAUAGAGAAAGCACACAUUGACCAACAU